AUGGACCCGAUGCCCAAGCUCCCCAAGCUGAAAGCGCGGCCUGCGGGGGCGCAUCUGUCUUCGCUUGAGCAGGAGUACGCAGUGAGCCCCAAUAGCCCGCUCCUGUCUACAACGGUGCAGAACAACGCCUGGGUGUGCGCCGCAGCUGCGGAGCUGAGGACUCCGCGCCUCGACACGGCGGUGCUCUGCGCCCGCGGCAACCGCGCGCGCCUCACAGGCGAUAAUGGGCGCGGGCAGCUGGGCGUGUCUGGUGCACAGGCAGUGCUGGUGCCGCAGCCGAUACAGGCUGUCGGCCGCUGGGCGGCGGUGUGCGUGAGCGAUAAUCACGCGGCCGGGCUGACCUGCGAGGGGCACAUCUACACCUGGGGCGCCAACAAUCGCGGGCAGCUGGGGCACGGCGACAAGUGCCCGGGCGUCAUAGACGCGCCGGUGCAGGUGUCUGCACUGGCAGACACGGAGGUCAAGGCUGUGGCGUGUGGCCUGGAGCACACCGUGGCGAUUACGGCCAAGGACAUCCUGGCUUGGGGGUCGAACGAGUACGGGCAGCUUGGCCACGGGGAGCACGCGCUGCAGGCGUCGGACGUCUGCAGCCGCCCCAUGCCGGUCAAGGUCCUGCAUGACGUCAUGGUGACGCAGGUGGUGUGCGGCCGGUUCCACACCAUCUGCGUCACCGCGCAGUCGCAGGUGUUCGCGUGGGGCCACAACAGCGCCGGCCAGCUCGGCCUGGGGGACCGCCGGGACCGCCACAGCCCGACGGUGGUGGACGCGCUGUGGGCGCUGCCUGUGGUGCAGCUGGCGGCCGGCGACGCGCACAGCGCGGCGCUGACGAGCAACGGGCACAUGUUCAUCUGGGGCAGCAACCACUUUGGGCAGCUGGGACUGGUGAAGGAAGGGGACUCGCUGAGCACAAGGGCGAAGAAGAACCGCAAGCGGCGGCCCAACCAGGUGCACCUCAUGGCGAUGCUGGAGAUGGGCAUCCCCAAGCACAAGGCGGAGGUGGCUCUGGUGGAGACUGGCAACGUGGGCGUGGAGGUGGCGACCGAGUGGCUGUUCAGCGCCCCGGAGACGACGCAGUUCGAGCAGCACGGCGGCGUGGACACCGGCAGCCCAAGCAGCACCAGCAGCGCCUGCAGCAUGGAGGAGCCGUGCGCGCUGUCGCCGAAGCGCGUCCCACUGCGCGGCGUGCGGUACAUCGGCGCGGGCGCGGCGCACACGGUGGCGGUCACGGACGAGGCGACUUACAGCUGGGGCGCGGGUGAGCAGAGGCGACGAGAACGGGUGCCAGGGGGCGCGGCGCGGUGA